UGGUUCCCAGCUGCUCGGAGAAGUCCCGCUUGUUCAGGAGCGUUUGUAGAAAAUGAAGAAAACGUGCAGCGGCGUCAGAAACGUGCAGGAAACCGAUGAAUCCGAAUGAGAGAGAAGUUCCAGCUUCUGACGGUUUCUCUGCAGCACGUGAGGAAUCAUGUUUGUCUCAGGACCUCCGGAGCAGGACGAGUAACAACACACACAGCACGGCGUAGCAGGUGAGCAGCCUGCAGAGUAACUGAAGAUGACGUCCAGGAGAGCCGCCCCCCCCGACGGUGGCUACGGCUGGGUGGUGGUCACCUCCGCCUUCUUCAUCAUGGGCCUCACUGCCGCUGUCCUCAAGAACUUCGGCGUCUUCUUCUUGGAGAUCCAGAGGCACUUCGGCGUCCUGAGCAGCACGGCCUCCUGGGUCACCUCCACCACCAUCGCCAUGUUCCACCUCGGAGCCCCAAUAGCCAGUGUGCUGACCUUGAGGUUUUCUCAGAGGGUGGUCAUCAUAGUCGGGGGUGUGCUGACGGCCUCUGGGAUGAUGCUGGCAUCUCUGGACCUUGGUCUUCCCUGGCUCUAUCUCACCAUGGGCGUCCUACAAGGAACGGGCAUUUCCUUCUCGUGGAUUCCUGCCAACAGCAUCGUGAACCACUACUUCGUCCGAUGGCGUCCUAUCGCCUACGCCGUGGCCAGCUCGGGGGAGUGCGUCUUCGCCGUCAUCUUCAGCCCCUUCUUCCACUGGCUCAUCGAGAUGUACAGCUGGCAGGGCGCCCUGCUCAUCGUCGGAGGACUUCAGCUCAACCUGUGUGUCUGCGGCGCCCUCAUGAGGCCUCUGGAGACGACUCAGGACUCGGGCCUAGACACCAAAGACGCUCCAGAAGGAAAUGCUAAGAAGACGUCCAUCUUCCAGUGCUCGCUGCUGAGAAACCCUGAACUGAUCCUCUACAUCCUGUUCUCCAUCUUUGCAGCGGCAGGUUUUUUCAUCCCUCCUCUCUUUCUAGUCCCCUUCGCCAACAGCGUGGGGAUGGAUGAGUACUGGCCCGCCUCGCUCCUCUCGGUCCUGGCGCUGGCCGACCUGGCUGGAAGGCUGAUCUGUGGGUGGGUCUCCAACAUGAGGCUGAUGAGGAACCUGCAGCUGCUCACCAUGGUGGUCACGCUCGUCGGGGUCAUGCUCCUCCUGCUGCCGAUCAGCCACAACUACUGGGCCAUCCUGUGCUUCACCUCGCUCUACGGCUUCCUGUUCGGCUGCGUGGUCGCCAUCCACGUCACCGCCAUCGUGGACAUCGUGACCCUGGAGGGAUUCGACAGCGGCCUGGGGAUGUUGAUGCUGUUCAGGAGCAUCGGCGGCUUCAUGGGUCCACCGGCUGCAGGCUGGCUGGUGGAUGAGACCAAUGACUACAGCGCUGCCUUCUACCUCUCGGGCCUGUGCCUCAUUUCAUCAGCAGUGUUUGUCGUCCUCGUCGACCUCCUGGUUCAGAGGAGGAAAGCCGCGGAGGCUGAAGCGCUUCAGGCGGACGGUCAGCUGGAGAGCUGGGACGCAGAAAAGGUCAAGUGAGAGUUUGAAAGAAUUUCUAACGCAAGACAUUUUGAAUGAGCUUGAAGCGUCAUGAGGAACAGACGCUGGAAAGAGAAUCCUGUUCUCACAGCUCCAGUUUCUUUUUAGAACACUUUCUGCUUUUAACUCAUUUCAAUUGUAGCCGUGAGAAGUUGAUGCUCCAUCGUUCUUUUUCACUGGGACGUCUUCAGCUCACAGGAGCAGAUGCAAUGAGUUUCAUUUUGUUCUGUCUUUGCAGUUUGCAUGUGGCACAUGAAGUGACCGGUUUAAAAUGAGGCUGAUAUUCUGUAUUUAAUUAAUUCUACCUCAACAAACCGUCGGCGGUGCUCAGCCUCGAGCUCCUUUGUUUUUUUUUUAAUGAAAGUCAAAUAUCCAGGAACAGGGUCGUAAAUGUUUAAAGUCUAAUUGCUUUAAAUUCACAAAGCACUGUUGCUUUUAGCAAAUGCUGCUCAAACAGGAUCAUGGAUGGCAAAUAUAUUUCCGUGGCUGUUUUUUAAAUAAUGACUCUGUUACAGCGUGUGGUUUAUUUAUGUUUUUAAUUGUUUUACAAAAGUUGAGCUGUGACUCAAAUCAUGUUUAUCAUUGUUAUUAAAAAAAUGACAAGGA